ACGACUUACUAACUUUUUUACAAAACUACGUUAAGAUACUAGAGGUUAGUGAACCAAGCUCGUCAUCUGUUGUACGUAUACAACAAACUAAUAAACAACUCACAAAUUAUAAGAGUGCACCUCGCAAUGAAUGUUUUUCUAAAAAACCUUAUUUGAAAUCAACAUCAUUGCCCGUUAAUUCAAAUAUAUCUUCAAGUGUCAACACCGGCGCACCGUGUAGCUGUUGUGAACAACAACAUAAUCUAUAUAAGUGUCCUAAAUUUCAAGCUUUAGGCAUACAAGACCGGCUUAAUUUAGUGACAUCAAAAUCUUUAUGUAAAAACUGUUUACGCCCAAAUCAUAACAUUAACAAGUGCUAUUCAAAAUUAAAUUGUUUUACUUGUGGACAACGACAUCAUACGCUUCUCCAUGAGGUCAAUACAGCUGUGAGUGGCAUGGUCACAGUUGACGUACGCCCGGACGAGAUCACACGUAAUCCUACCUUCGAGUCUAGCACUGCAGCCUCCACUAAUGCGUAUGUGGGCUACAGUCGCUCGGUAGUUCUUUUGGGUACUUGUGUAGUUCGCGUUCGUCAUCCUCGCAGUACUAAUCAAUCAUUUCUUGUACGUGCGUUGAUUGAUAGUGGUGCUCAAGAUUGUUUCAUUACCAAGUCAUGUUGUCAACGUAUGGGCUUACUGUUAAGUAUGUGUGCGUGUGCCUACGCAUACGGGGUAUUUCAACAAAUAUAGGACAGUGUGUUAACAGCAGGCAAGUGUUUCACUCGUGUAUCCCUCGUAUCUAACAGUGGCGACGAAAUACGAACCUACCCCGUUUUGUACAAAUUAACAAAAAAUGUCCGGUGCAAUGUUCGGAUUAUUAUCCAGUUUUGACCACAAUCUGCAGUCAUGGGAAACGUACAAAUGCAGAAUUUCUCAGUGGUUCGUAGCUAACGACAUUAGCAGAACAAGUGAUCCUGCAGGGAUAAAAAGACGAGCGAUAUUGCUGAGCGCACUCACGGACGCCACGUACAAAUUAGCGGCGGAUCUCGCGGUGCCGAAGACGUUGACCGAUGUUCCAUAUGAAGACAUACUCCGACUAUUGGACGAUCAUUUUACUCCCAAGCGUUGUGGUUUCGGCGAACGUUAUAAAUUUUACGUGGCGGUACAACAAGAAGACGAGACCUACCCUCAAUGGGCGGCCAGGUUGCGCGGGCUGACCGGGCAUUGUGGGUUUGCCAACGUGGAGGAAGCUCUCAGAGACCGAUUCGUUAUGGGGAUGUUACCAGGACCUGAACGAGAAAAGUUAUUUGCACAGGAUCUAACGGCCCUAUCGCUGGCUAAGGCGGUUGAAAUGGCAGAAAGCGUGCGCAGCGCGCGAGUUGGAGCAACCACUGCAGCAGUACAGGUCGCAACACACGAUCAGCUGUUCAAGAUGACGCAAUCGACGGCGGCAGGCCGGUCGGGGGCGCUUCGGCUGAAGGAUGGCGGCAAUAAAGUGCAGUGUCAAGUGUGCGGUUAUCGUAAUCAUGAUACGUCUCAGUGUCGGUUCGCUAAAUUAAAAUGCAAAAAGUGCAAUGUCACGGGGCACCUACGUAGGAUGUGCAAAAAAAUUAAUUACCUGGAGGCAAAUGUGGUGGAUGACGGCGAUGACGAUGGUGAAUGUUUUAAUAUUAGGUCUGUUAAAGGGGAAGCCAUGACAGAGACGGUGACGAUUUCGGGGGUCGAAUUAAAAUUCGAAAUAGAUAGCGGGUCGGCCGUUACUGCGAUUUCUGAACAGACAUACAGAAAAUAUUUUAACAAUGUACCAUUGUCUAAAACAAAAAAACGAUUAUUUUCAUAUACGGGUAAUAGUAUUAUUUGUAUUGGAGUAGCACAAUUACAGGUCAGUUAUGCGAAUGAUUCACAUUUACUAUAUGUUUGCGUCAUACGAGACGGAGGGCCGCCAAUUCUCGGUCGCGAUUUCAUUUCUAAGUUUAAGUUAGAAUUAUUGCCGAUACAAUAUUGUAAACAAGUAGAUGAAAACAAUAUAAUUAACGCGUUGCAAUCUCGUUAUCCUAUGGUUUUUUCCGAUAAAUUAGGUUCGUUUAACAAAUUUAAAGUUAAAUUACAUUUAAAGGAAGAUGCAAAACCGGUUUUUAUUAGAGCGCGACCAUUAGCUUUCGCUUUAAAAGACAAAGUAGAUAAGGAAAUAGAUCGUUUGGUGGCGGCCGGAGUAUUAAAACAAGUUGACCACGCGCGGUAUGCGUCACCAAUCGUACCGGUAUUAAAGCGGAAUGGUUCCGUACGUAUUUGUGCAGAUUAUUCGACGGGCGUAAACAAACAGUUAGUUGUUGACCAGUACCCUUUGCCGACGAUAACUGAACUUUUUACUAGGUUGUAUGGUGGACAACAGUUUAGUAAACUGGAUUUAUCUAGUGCGUACAAUCAACUCGUGUUAGAUGAGGAAUCACAGGAAUUAACUUGUAUAAAUACUCACAGGGGAGUUUACAAGCAUACCCGCCUGUGCUUUGGCUUGGCCAGUUCACCGGCUAUUUUUCAACGCGCUAUCGAAUGCGUGCUGGCUGGCGUGCCCGGCACGUUGUGCCUGUUAGACGAUAUUUUAAUAACCGGGAAAAAUAAAACUGAACAUUUGCUACGAUUACAUCAAGUACUGCAGAGAUUACAAGACGCGGGUUUGACCCUUCAAAGGGAAAAGUGUGAAUUUUUCAAGGACGAUAUUAAUUACUUAGGGUAUGUAAUCAAUAAAGAUGGCCUUCAUAAGUCGCCAGAGAAAAUUAGGGCGAUGACUGAUGCGCCGGUUCCGACUAAUGUUAAGCAGUUGCAAUCAUUUUUAGGGUUAAUUAAUUAUUACAGAAGUUUUGUUCCUAAUGCGUCUGCAAUUUUAAAGCCGUUAUAUGAGCUUUUAAAAAAAGGAAAUAAAUGGUACUGGGGACAUGAACAUGAGGACGCUUUUAACGCGAUUAAAAAAUGUUUGGCGUCGGAUCAAGUAUUAGCUCAUUUUAAUCAUAACGCGACCAUCAUUUUAACUGUCGAUGCUUCGCCGUCAGGUCUUUCGGCCAUUUUAUCUCAGAUAGAACCAAACGGGUCUGAGCGACCGGUCUCGUUUGCGUCGCGAACCCUAAAUGCUGCUGAGAAACGUUAUUCUCAGAUCCAAAAGGAAGCCACCGCCAUUAUUUUUGGAGUUAGGCGUUACCACCAGUACCUAUAUGGCAGGGCGGUUCCCUUUAUCUUACGCACAGACCAUAAGCCACUCUUAUCGAUUUUUGGCCCUUAUCGAGGUAUACCAGAAGUUUCUGCGAACAGACUUCAGAGGUAUGCGAUGUUUUUAAGUAGCUAUAAUUAUAGAAUUGAAUAUGUUCGUAGCACAGACAACACCGCAGACUUCUUAUCGCGCGCCAGCCUAGGAGAGGCGGGGACAGCCGCGGAGGGCAGGGACAGUGUAGAUGCUAUGAUACCCGAUUUGGAUAGAGCUUCUUAUAUAAAUUUUGUUGUGGAAGGAAUUCCGUACACACUCUGACUGGGGUUUCGCCCGCAGAGCUUGUUUACGGUAGAAAACUCAGAAUGCGUCUGGAUCAAAUUAUACCUGAGUCGUCAUCGCCCUCAUCCACAGCUCUUGCUGAUGUCGUUAAAUUUAAACAGUGUUCGCAAAAUAAGACCAAAGUAAAUAAAAAACAAAGUUUUAUCAAGGGAGAUUUUAUUCUAUAUAAAAAGCAUACGGUCAACGGAAAGUUUAUUUGGUGCAAAGGCUUCAUUGAAAAGACAAUUGGGAAGGUGUUGUACUUAGUCAAAGACUGUAAGUCUUCCUUGUUAUUUAAAAAACACCAAAAUCAACUAAUACCUUAUAAGGGUACCGAUUGCAGUAUUCACGAAUACAAAGAUGUGGAUGUAGAACCGGUUUCAAGGAGAGGCAAUUUGUCAGCAGAAGAACAAUCAUCCUCGAAUGAAGUGACUCCGAUAGACACAGGGGACGAGGAAGAGGACAGGUCUGGGAUGGAGGGCAGCUCAGAAAGGGGGGAAGCUACCAAUUCUAAUGCUUGUGAUGAUAUUAGUUUACCGGUCGAAGUACCUCUCAUCACGUCACCGUCGCCGCAGCGGCAAGGUGUCGAAUUAGCAGAAGAGGAGGAUGAAUUUCUUGAGGCCCUACCAGACCCGUCUGUCGAAGAAGGCUCUGAUGGCAUACCCGCACGACAAAACGCCAGCAGACCUGAGUUUACAUCACGGAAUAAACGCAAUCGGCCUAGGGUUAACUAUAAGCAGUUUUUUUAGUAUAAGUUUCUUUUUUAAGUUUAGUAUAAUCUUUUGUUUUGUUUAGAGUAGUUAUGUACAUAUUAUAUCUAAGCUAAGGGGAGGAAUGUUAAGUAUGUGUGCGUGUGCCUACGCAUACGGGGUAUUUCAACAAAUAUAGGACAGUGUGUUAACAGCA